CUGGCGCCAUUUCUGCAUUCCAACCGGCGAGAACCAAGGGACAGUGUAAGGUUAUUGUGAAGCACAGCGUGGUAAUAAACCAACGACGCCAUGAACGGACAGCUGCUCAAUGGGUUCCACGAUGCUCUCAUCGACGAGGGGAGCUUCCUUUUUACUUCCGAAUCCGUCGGAGAAGGUCACCCUGACAAAAUUUGUGACCAGAUCAGUGAUGCAGUCCUUGAUGCCCACCUCAAGCAGGAUCCAGAUGCAAAGGUGGCUUGUGAAACUGUGGCAAAGACUGGCAUGAUUCUCCUCGCUGGUGAGAUCACUUCUCGGGCUGUAGUGGAUUACCAGAAGAUUGUGCGGGACACGAUCAAACAUAUUGGUUAUGAUGAUUCUUCCAAAGGUUUUGACUACAAGACUUGCAAUGUGUUGGUUGCACUUGAGCAGCAGUCUCCUGACAUUGCCCAGGGUGUUCACUUGGACAGGAAUGAAGAGGAUGUAGGAGCUGGUGACCAGGGCUUGAUGUUCGGCUAUGCUUCUGAUGAAACCGAAGAGUGUAUGCCUCUGACAAUAGUGCUGGCACACAAAUUGAAUGCGAAGAUGGCGGAGCUGCGCCGUAAUGGGACUCUGCCAUGGCUUCGCCCAGACUCCAAGACUCAAGUGACAGUCCAGUAUAUGCAGGACCGUGGAGCUGUGCUUCCAAUCCGAGUUCAUACAGUUGUAGUGUCUGUUCAGCAUGAUGAUGUAAUCUGCCUAGAUGAGAUGCGUGAUGCACUGAAGGACAAGGUGGUAAAGACUGUGAUUCCUGCCAAGUACUUGGAUGAUGAUACAAUCUACCAUCUGCAACCAAGUGGGCGCUUUGUAAUUGGCGGUCCACAGGGAGAUGCUGGUUUGACUGGACGCAAAAUUAUUGUGGACACUUAUGGUGGUUGGGGUGCCCAUGGUGGUGGAGCCUUCUCUGGCAAAGACUACACAAAGGUGGAUAGAUCUGCUGCCUACGCUGCUCGGUGGGUUGCCAAGUCCCUAGUAAAGGCUGGCCUCUGCCGUCGUGUGCUUGUCCAGGUUGCUUAUGCUAUUGGUGUUUCACAUCCUCUGUCUAUCUCCAUCUUCCACUAUGGCACCUCACAGAAGAGUGAGAGGGAGCUUCUGGCUAUUGUGAACAAGAACUUUGAUCUCCGCCCUGGUGUCAUUGUCAGGGAUCUGGAGCUGAAGAAGGCACUUUAUCAGAGGACUGCAGCCUAUGGUCAUUUUGGUAGGGAAGGCUUCCCCUGGGAAGUUCCCAAAAAGUUGGAGUACUGAUUGUUAGGCAUUUUUUCCCCCUUUGACUUGCUGGCGUUACAUACAGAGAAGCCUGCAGUCUUGUAAGGUGGGAAAAGGCCCUUUUAACUUUCCUGUUAAUCUAUUGGCUCACUGUAUAGUCUCCAGUGCCAUGCUGUUCUUGUGGAGAGGGGACCAUAUUAGCUGUUUUAUUGCCUACAUACUUUCCUGUCUUUCGGUGCUUCUAGCAGACAAGGCUUGUUCUGUUAAUAGACUUGAGUUAUCUCCAUGACCAAGUAUUUUUAUCCCUGAUCUACCACUGUAAUCUCCCUGUGGUAUUGAUUGUACAGGUCCUGAGUGAUUUCAUUUAACCUAUUGGGUAUCCACCUCUUAGGCAUGUCCUGUGCAUUUAAAUUUCCCUAUGCAUAAAAAUCAGCACUUUGCCAAAACCAUACACUCAAAUUUCUAUCACUGUUGAUGCAGUGCACAACUCCCCAAUUUGAAGAAAAGUAACCUAUGGUUACAACUCGUUCCUCGUGCCUGUAGACUCACUCCUUAAUGGUUUUUGUUUAAUUUUUCCCUUUUCAUUCAGCCACACUGCACAAAUCUCUCUGCCCACUAUUGAAAAGCUGCAAGCCAGUGCCAUGUCUGCUUUAUUUAUUCCCCCUCUGAUGUUGCCUGGUGUGGCUACAGAGUAACCAGUGCAACGCAGAGUUGAGGCACAACUGGCAGGGGACAGGGAGAGCUGAGGAUCUUACUUGAAAACAGAUGUGUAACUGCUUUAUUUAUUGUGUUGCCAGACAAGGCGUAAGUACAGAGUAGCCUAUGUCUCUGCAACAUUUUUUAUUUUUUUUGGUACACUUUAUGCUGUUGUAUCUGCACAACCAGUUACCUCUGGCAUGCUGAGGUGUAGUACAGAAAAUCCUUGGCUGCACAUUGCAGAGGUCCUGGCUUGUAUCAUGUGUGUAGGCUUCUCUUGGUUAGAGGGCCCCCUGCAGGAUAGUGCUAUGCCAGUGUUGUACAGAGAAACUGGUGGUUUACAACUGUCCUGUGGAGGGCUCUGACUGAGUCAAGUUUCACUAACCACCUCAAUUUUUUAUUUUUUAUAUUCCAUGUGUCUGGUUCUGGUAAAAGACAAUUUUGAGAUUUCAUGAAUAAAGUGUUAGGGUCUCCUUUGAAA